CUCCGCAGCUGAGCUGAGUCUUUCCUUCCAGAACCCCCAGAACCUUCAGAACUUUCUGUCGGACGCUGCGAACCUUACCGGUUCUGGAUUAAAGACUCGUUCUGGAUUUGGUUCUUGGAGCUGGACUUAUUGCUGACCGGAUGUGGAUCAAAGAGGAGGACUGGACUGACGCAGACCAUUCAAGAUGAAAGACAAUCGUCGUCAUCGCGGGCAUCAGUGAUGGCGGCGGGAGAUGGCGCUCUGACCCGAGCUGACGAUGGUCGUCAUGGCGUCGCUGGAUGCUAACACGGCGAUUGAAACGCUCCUGGCUGGCAUCCAUCUGGAAAGGUACCUAGACUCCUUCCGGAGAGCUGGUCUCCUAUUGGCUGAAGACCUCACUUACUUGGAUCAUGACGCCUUGGUAAGCCUGGGAAUAACGGCCACCGGACAUCGGAAGAGAAUCCUGCGGCUGGUGUCGUACAUCCAGAGGCGGGAAGCUCAAGGGACCAAUCAGAGAAACGCCGCUGAUUUCCGGUGGGCGCGUUGUCAGUCUGUGAUGGAACUGCCGUCCUCAAAUGUCCCCCCGUUGCCGCCGCCGUCAGGUCCCACCAGCUUGGACGCAUUGAGGAACAGUUCGGCUCCGGAUCUGGCCGCCAUGAUUGCGACCUCAGAUGGUGGCAGGACUGCGGUGAAGCCGGUCCCCAAACCUAGAACUGUCUUUAACCGCCGCCGCACCGCACCAAUCCACUUCUGUCCAGUACCAGACCCGGUCUCGCCCCCACAAAGAAGACUUUCCCAGGAGUCCAUCUGUUUUUCUGUGUUUGAGGGCUUGAACUCUGCGGACACGCCCUCAGCUGCUAACAUGCGGCGGGACGAGGCGGGGCACAUUCACAGGUUGCCUUCUUUUUCAGAGGUGGGUGGGUCACUGCCUCCCGUUCCCCCCAGGAUUAAACGUGGGGUCCUGCCCACCGCGUGCCAGUCAUCCUCCCCGUCAUCCUCUUCGUCUCCCUCACCUGUUCGACCUGCUUCUUUGCCACCUUUGUCUCCUAGCCGUCCCGACAGCGGCAGGAUGUCGGGAUCAUCUCGAUCAUCCCGAUCAUCCGGAUCGCCUUUUGGCGGGAUGGAGAUGGUAUCCAAUGAGAUCUACUGGGGCACUUUGCCUUUGUCUGCCGCCCCUGGUAGCGGAAGAGGUUACUGUAGUCAGCCGUUAGCUCCUCCCACUCCGCCGAGGCCCACACCCGAUAGGACGCUUGAGAGGAACAGUGGUGGCGAUUCAAGCAACAACUCAUCGGAAUCCAUCAGAGAAGACCCCGACGUCAUCAGUCCGUACUGUGAAACCGUCUUCCAAAAAGGAAUCGGUCUGAUCACUAGCGAGAGAGAACGAACACGGGACGAGGAAACGAGAAGAGGGGAGCGAGUGCAGUCUGAGGAUCAAGGGUAUCUCAAGGUGUCUUUGCCUGAAGCGCUUCACUCUCAGGGUUACAGCACAGUCGGCGAAACUCCGCCCCCUCUGACCGGCCUGGCACUCGACUUUGAUGAGGACUUGACCAUCUCUCCCUACGCCAGCUACACCUCCCUUAGCGAGAGAGCCACGCCCAUCAUCAGCGGCUGGUUGGACAAGCUGUCUCCGCAAGGGAAUUAUGUUUUCCAGAAGCGUUAUGUGAAGUUCGACGGGAAAAAUCUGAUGUACUUUGGGAACGAGAAGGACGUGUACCCUAAAGGAGUCAUCCCGUUGGCUGCCAUCCAGAUGGCCCGCCCCUCUAAAGACAACAAAUUUGAAGUAGUGACGAGUCAGCGUAUUUUUGUUUUUAAGGCAGAUAAUGAAGUGCUCAGGCGACGUUGGGUGUCAACGCUGCAGGAUCACGUCAGGGACCAGCUGGUAUUGGGGGGGCGCUGGUUCGGUCCAGGAUCUCACUGUCAGAAACAUGGCUCACUGGAGCUGAAAGGAACCAAGUCCAAGGUUUACGUCGCCAUCAACACGGAGCAGAUUUGGCUUCACAAGAGCGAACAGUGUUUUCGCAACGGAAUCGGGAUCACGUUGAUCGAGGCUCGCGGUGCCACGAUCCGAGACGGGAAACACAAGAGUUUCGAGCUCAUCACGCCUUACAGAACCUUCAGCUUCACUGCCGACUCGGACCGGGAGAAGCGGGACUGGAUGGAGGCGCUACAGGACGCCAUCACCGAGACACUGUCGGACUACGAGGUGGCUGAGAAGAUCUGGUCCAACCGCUCCAACCGCAUGUGUGCCGACUGCAGGGCCAUCAACCCGGACUGGGCCUCCAUCAACUUGUGCGUGGUCAUCUGCAAGAACUGUGCCGGUCAGCACAGAGGUCUGGGGACCAUGGUUUCCAAGGUUCAGAGUCUAAAACUGGACACCAGCGUGUGGAGCAAUGAAAUCGUGCAGCUCUUCAUCAUGCUCGGUAACGACCGCGCUAACGAGUUCUGGGCGGCCCACUUGCCCCAGUCUGACGAGCUGGACUGCGACGCGUCCCCGAGUCAGAGACGAGAGUUCAUCGGUCACAAGUACCGAGACGGCCGGUAUCGACUGGCCCAUACGGCUUUUAGCAGCCAAGAACAGCUACUCAAGGUUUUAUGUUCUGCUGUGUCGGAACAUACGCUUCUCAAAACGGUCACUCACAUCUUUUCCGAGGCAAGAACCAGUUACCUGUCAGGAAACUCCCAGACCAGUAGAGAUCUCCUAGUGAACUGCACCGCCCCGGAUCCUGGCGUCUACGAUGAGAUCAUGAAGACGGUUGUUUACUCCGGCUUCCUGUUCAGAUCCAACUGCACCAGCAGAGGGACUCUGUCUCGCCGAUCUCGAGAAGACUUCCAGAAGUUCUGGUGUUCAGUGGAUCAGUCGCUGCUCUUCUACCAGUCGGAAAGAUCAACGGAACCGUGCAUGGAGAUCGUACUCAAGGACGUGGUGUGUUUGGGAGUCAGUCGACCAGACUCGGGGAACAACAACAACGGCUUUGUGGACAGGUUCCGUUACACCUUUGAGCUGUAUUUGACAUCGGACAAACUCUACCAGUUCGGUGUCGAGACGCCCGAGGUUCUGCACACCUGGACCAGUGCCAUUGGGAAGGCCGCCACGCCCCUCAGCUGUCACUGCCUGCUGACUCGGGAGUUUGAGCGCAUCGGUCGACUGCGGUACCGAGCCAUGUUGGACCCUCAGCAGUGGAAGGAAGCGUACUUUGUUCUGCAGAAGUCCAACCUCUUCAUCUGUCCGCAAAACGACGGCGCCGCCGAAGAUAUUAUCAACCUGAAGCGCCUGCAGGAGCUGAGUGUCACCUCGGAAAGCCAGAACCACGACAAGAAAGACAUCCUGGUGUUGGUUGAGAAAGGGAGGACGUUCCACCUGCAGGGCGUCGGCCGCACGGACUUCACAUCGUGGUACUCGGACGUCGAGCGGGCCGCCGGCGGGAAAGGUAACUCACUACGCGAGCAGCAGCUGAGCAGGAACGACAUCCCGAUCAUCGUGGACAGCUGCAUCGCCUUCAUCACGCAGUACGGGCUAGGUCACGAGGGGAUUUAUCGCAAGAACGGAGCCAAGUCCAGAAUCAAACUCCUCAUGGAGGACUUUCGGAAAGAUGCCCGGAACGUCAAGCUGCGCAUCGGGGACCACUUCAUCGAGGAUGUGACGGACGUCCUGAAGCGGUUCUUCAGGGAGAUCGACGACCCCGUCUUCAUGGCCGACCUCCACCCGCUGUGGCAGGAAGCUGCCAAAAUCCCUUCCAAAGGAGCACGAUUGGACCGCUACAAGGAGAUCAUCCGAACUCUCCCACGAGUCAACAGGAUGACUCUGGCCGCGCUCGUCAGUCACCUGUACAGGGUCCAGAAAUGCGCUGACCUGAACCAGAUGUGCACCAAGAACCUGUCCCUGCUCUUCGCUCCCAGCCUCUUCCAGACUGAUGGGAAAGGAGAACACGAAGUGAAGAUUGUGGAGGAUCUGAUUGACAACUACUUGUACGUCUUUGAUAUUGACGAGGAACAUCAGACUCAGAUCGAGCUGGAGAUCAGCCUCAUUACCUCCUGGAAGGACACUCAGUUGUCUCAGGCGGGGGACCUGAUCAUUGAAGUCUACCUGGAGAUGAAGAUACCUGACAGCUGCAUCACCCUCAAAGUGUCCCCCACCAUGUGCGCCGAGGAGCUGACCAACCAAGUGCUCUACAUGAGGAACGUCCCUGCCGGAGACAAAGACGUGUGGAUGACCUUUGAGGUCAUAGAGGAUGGCCAGCUGGAGCGGCCGUUGCAUCCCAAAGAGAAAGUUCUGGAGCAGGCGCUGCAGUGGUGCAAGAUGGCCGACCCAAGCUCCGCCUACCUGAUGGUGAAGAGGGUGCCUAAAGGCGACGGCAUCAACAUCCUCACCUCCUACAAGAGCGACCUGAUGAAGGUGGGCGUGCUUAAGUGUCGCGAGGAGCCUCCAAAGCUCCUGCAGGGCAACAAGUUCCAGGAGAGAAGCUUCCAGAUCAAGAAGAACAAACUGCUGCUGCUCAAAGACAAGAAGAGCUUCAAAGCAGAGAAGGAGUGGCCUCUCAAGUCCAUGAAGGUCUACAUGGGCGUCCGCAGGAAGCUCAAAGCUCCGACAAGGUGGGGCUUUACAGUCAUGUCACACAAACAUCAGCUGUUCCUGUGCUGCACAAGUGAGACUGACCUGUGGGACUGGAUCAGCAGCUUCCUCAAAGCUCAGAAUGAUGACCCCGGGCCGCCCGUGCUCAGGCGUCACUCGUCUUCCGACAUCGCCAAGCAAAAGUUCGGCACCAUGCCUCUGGUUCCGAUUCGAGGAGACGAGAGCAACAACAGCAUGCUGACGGCCAAUCAGACGCUGAGGAAGCUUCACGACCGCAGGACUCUCUCCAUGUUCUUUCCCAUGAAAGUGCAGCAAGACUCUGUGGAGGAGCGUUCCGAGUCUCCGGAGCCGCUCUACGAGGAAGUGGGCGACUUCGGCCUGCAGGUGCUCAAAUCCCUGGAGACCAGCUUUCUGACCACAGCAGAGACGCAGGAGAUCCGGGAGCCUCCGAAGCUCCGGCCCGAUCCCGUCGGUGACUCGCCGAGAGACGCCGUGGAGACGUCGCAGUCGAACGCUGUCACGGGCCACGAAGACGCGGGCUGCAGGAGGUCUCUGCAGCCGUCGCAGGAGCUUCUCCUGCAGCAGCUAUCCACGGCUUUCAGCAAGAAGGCUGAUGAAGACGAGGAAGAGGAGGGGCUGGGAGUGGUUUGAUUGAUACAGUAUUACUUUUAGGCUCCCAUGUGGUGGCUGCAAUAGGUGACGUCAUCAUCAUCUUGGCUAUCUUGUUUAAAUUUUUAAGAAUAUACAUUUCAAUUACAUGCGUGUAAUGACGAAAAGCUGCCUGCGGGUGGCAGUGCAGCACUUCCUGUCCAUGUGAAAACCCUUCGUCUGGACUUCAUUUGGACUCUAGUGGAAUAAAAACUAGACAAGGUGCUUGAAUGUACGCUGAAUGUACACAGUGGUUGUCAUGGUAACCGUCUCAAACAUUUUGAACGCGCACUAAAUUGACAAAAAUGUAUCCUGAAAGAACCUGAAGGAGCUCGACAGGCUGAAAUACACUGAGUGAGCAGCAGGGGGCGGCAGAACAACGCAAACAUGAAUAGACGUGUCCACCGGGUCGCUGUCUAGGUGGUCCCAGUCCGUCCCAGCGGUCCUGAUCCAGUUGCUGUCACUGCAGGUUGGAGGCAGUCGAGCAGUGACAGCAUGGUUUUCUUACUAGAGCACUUAAAUGUGCUUGUGUAUCGUCCUUUUGUGACCUCGGCGACCGACCCAGCACCAAACCACUAUCUGCCCCCCCCUUCUCCAACAGAAAACUGAUCCGUUAAAAUCUGUCGCUAAGUGGCAAAAUGCCCUCGGGUAACACACACACACACACACACACACACACACACACACACAGACAGCAAUAUAUCUCUUAUCUCUAUGUCUCUAUAUUAUAUGUAUAUUAGAAGUAUUUAAUUUAUAUUAUUUGGUUUACAAAGUGUGACAAAAAUAACAUUAAGGUCUAACAAUAAGUAUUUGAUUCUCUACCAACCAACAAGCAUUAUAAUUCCUCCAGACCCACAAAUGAGUCCUGUCCCUUUAAGAAACUACUCCUAAUCUCAACUGAUGAAUGACACCUGUCACACAAACGGUCUCACACGCACAAGAUCAAAGACAUGUCAAAAAAGGCCAUC